UUAUCUUCCUCAAAAUCUCCAAACUGCAAACUUGCAGAGUUCACCCCUUGUUUGGACCUUUAUCAGGAAAAACAAAUGACGACAAUAAUGGUCACGGGCCAAUAAAAGAAACAAAACCAAAACCAAAAAAACAAUCCGAAUUGGCGUCGGACAAACCACUGCAGUGCACUGCAUGCAGUCUCCCCCAAAUGUUGAGGAAACAGUCCAUCCAUCUGUCACUCCAUUCAUUCCAGGCCACUGGAUUUCUGAAUCAGAGAGACCGAAAUCGGUGGGCUCUCGCACUGUCGCCAUCCGCUUGCGGCAAUGGCGCGUCCACAGAUUCUUAGCUGCGUAGCUGCUGUUGUGUUCUGUGUGUGUUCGUCGUCGUGGUUGCUGUGCUUUUCUUGUUCGGUUUGCAAGAUGGACGCGCCGUCGACGUCUCCUGCCGUGGUGGCGCGGGAGGUGGAGCGGUGGCGGUGGGCCGGCGCCGCCGGUUUCGGCGCCGCGGCGCGUGGCUUCGCGUGCAGGGUGCUCUGCGCCGUCGCCACCUGCGUCUUCGCCGCAGUGGGGUCGCUGGUCGGGGCGGUGACGGGGUGCGUGAUCGGGCUGGCGACGGAGAGCGGAAUGCUGCGCGGCGCCGGCAUCGGCGCCAUCUCCGGCGCCGUCUUCUCCAUCGAGGUCGCCGAGUCGUCGCGCGACCUCUGGCACUCCAGCGACUCCGGCGUCUGGUGCCUCGUCUACAUGGUGGACAUCAUCUCCAGCCUCCUCAGCGGUAGAUUGGUGCGGGAGAAAGUGGGUCCCGCUGUUCAGAGCGCGGUUCAGAGUCAGAUAAGCGCGAUCAGCUCGCCGUUCGCCGAGACCAGCGACCUGUUCGAGACCGGCGGCACCAAGGGCGUGCCGGCGGACACGCUCCGCCGGCUGCCGGCGGUCAAGAUCACCGGCGACAGCGCCGUCGACUCCGCCGGCGAGGCCGUCUGCUGCUCCGUGUGCCUCCAGGACUUCCGCGCCGGCGAGAUGGCGCGGCGGCUGCCGGGCUGCCGGCACUUGUUCCACGUGGCGUGCAUCGACUGCUGGCUGGUGAGGCACGGCUCCUGCCCGCUGUGCCGGCGAGACAUCUGAUCCCAUCUCAUCUGAUCAUGAUGAUCAAGAUCAGCUCGUCGUCGUAAUCCGAUCCGGACGCGGCGAUCAACGGAUUAAGUACAUAGGUUGGUGGUGUGUAGGAGUGUAGAACUACUGCAUCCUGAUGCCCGUAAGGGGAGGGGUGUGAUCAACGGAUUGCAGUCGCAUGCCGAUGGCCGGUGCAAGAAUGAGUAAUACGUUUUCGAUACUUUCUCCAAAACAGUAAAAUUACUCGAUAACGACGUGUGUAUCCAACUAGCAAUCGCUUUGACGAGAUGAAUGAACUGAGCAAGAAUUGUGGGUGCUGGGUACAAGCCAAAAAGAAAAAAGAAAUGGCUUUUUUAAUAUUUUUGAAAAGCAUAUUG